UGGGGGAAAGGGUACCAAAGCCGGAAAACUUAAUCGCGUCGCUUGCCGCUUUGGAGGGUGAAUUGACCUUGUUCGAGGAACCGACGUUGCAUAAUGUCGAAACGAAUCCUCAAGGCUGCAGCUGAUUAGAUAAAUGUACAACAUGAUGGACCAGUUUAAAUAGCAUAGCAGAUACGCUGGCCUGUGAGGACGGCGGCUGUACAUCAAUUUUGAGAGUAGAAAGUUGCAUUACAACCAGCGCGGCAACACGUGUGUAAGCUGACGUAAAUACAACCAGCAUUGCAUCUAUUGAAAAAGUAUAGGAGAGAAAUAAAUCGACGAUGCCCCUUGAAGAUUAUAAGGAUAUAGUUGGCACAUGCGCUAGCAUUACGACGAUUGGACAGUUUUUUUCAGGAGUAUUUAUUUGCAAGGACAUAGUAAAAAAGGGAUCAACAGAAAAUGUGGCAGACACACCAUUCAUCGGCGGUAUUGCCGUUUCUGUUCUUAUGUAUGUUUAUGCAAAAAUCUUGAAUGAUCCAGCAAUGGUGUCAGUGAACGUCGCUGGAAUAACGCUCAAUGUUUGUUACUUGUUGUGUUAUUAUUUAUAUACACAUGAUAAGAAAUCUGUUCUGAAACACAUAUGGAAUGCUUUUUUGAUAUGUGCUGUUUUUGUGGCAUAUGCCUGGUGGGAAGAUCCAGACUUAAUUGAACAUAGAUUUGGAAUAAUUGUAACUGUGUUACUGCUUCUUCUUAUUGGAUCACCACUUUUUUCACUUGGUGAAAUCAUAAGAAGUAAAAGCAGUGCUUCUCUACCAUUUCCGUUAAUACUGUCAGGGACAGUAGUUUCUGCAGAAUGGCUUUUAUACGGCAUUAUAAUUAAAAAUCAUUUCAUUCAGUUGCAGAAUGCAGUUGCUCUCGUAUUGAGUGCCAUUCAGCUGUCACUCUUUGUGAUUUAUCCAAGUAAACCAAAAGAAAAAGAAGAAAAGAAGAAAGAUUAAUGCAGAUGUGUUUCUAGAGUUAGCAAAUUUUUAUUACAUAUGUAUACAUUAUGUACAUAUAGUUUUAAUAUAUGGAACUGUUGGCAAGUAGAUUCCAAACUGUAAAGUAUGUUCAUUACUUGUUUGGUAAGUUUUAGAUUAUUUAUUGCAAUAAAACUGUUAACGUAUUUCCGAAUCUUGGUCAGAAACAGAAACACAGAUGUUGGGCAUAUCUCUCUCUCCUAGAACUUUUCAGUGUACAAUUCACACUGUAUCAAUGUAUAAUUGUGUGUUAUUUAUUGUCACCCAUUUAAAUAAUCACUUACAUUAAGAAGAGUUUGUGGCAGUUUUACAAAUGUGAAUAUCGAAUUCCUGCUCAAAAGAAAAGGAGUACGAAAUAAUAGAAAAGGAAAAAUUCUGUGGAGAAAUUUCACAUGGGCACAGCUUACCUUCAGGAAGUGCAACUCCCAAUACAGCCAACAGACACACAGAAAUAGAAAAUGACAGUCAUCCCAUUUCACAAAUUCGUUCUUCAGGGCAGAAAAGAGAGAAUAAAUGGAGGAUAUGGGAAUGUGUGAAAGUAGGUUGUGUGUUACACAUAAUGGGAAGCACCAAUAUAUAUUGUGUGUGUUCUGUUGGCUGUGCUGAGAGUUAACAACUUGAUUGGAUAGCCUAUCUGCGAACUGAAUUAUUAUAAAAGACCUGCAGUACACAAGACAGUUUGUGUUUACUCAUAAUAAUGCAGUGAAUCAAUGAUUUCCAGAUGAGUAUUAAUUACCUAGACCAGUAUUCUUUCUUUCUUAAAAAAGUGUGUGUGUGUGUGUGUGUGUGUGUGUGUGUGUGUGUGUGUGUGUGUGUGUGUGUGUGUGUGUGUCCUGGCAGUUACUCCUGCAUGCUGUUUUCCUUUCUUCAAAUAGAUCUUCUCACAUUCAAUUUGUGGAUACUUCAUUAUUUAUACAAAUCACAUGGAAAAAUCAGAAUGUAUUUGGACUCAAAUAAUAAAUUUGUGGGGACAGGACUGUGACAACUAAUUAGUGUUUGCUGUCGGAAGAAUAAUUUUGAUAUGAAAAAUAUAUUAUUUUAAAAUGUGAAGUAUUGUUCCAUGGUGUCACAGUUCAGUUAAAAUAAUUUUGUGAAAAGCCAGAGAGUGUGGAAUAGUACAUCCAUUUUCCAUUGUCUUUCUCAUGUGGUCAUGAUGUUGGCAUACAUGCAACUAUCAAUGUGCAAGUACAUUAAUGUGUAUCAUGUCACCUAAUAAUAGUUCUUUUCUCCACUCCCACCACUUACUUGGAAUUUGAGUCACUUUACCAUCUUUGAGGUAUAAAAUGUGAAAAUUACUGCUAUAAAUUGUAGUAUUCAGGUGUUUAUCAUGUCCAUGUUAUCAAAUCAGUAUGUAACAUCAUUUUUAAAGUGCAUGAAAAUAGAGAUACAUUCUAUUUUUAUGACAGUGUGGAAGAUGGAGCUUCCAGGCUUGAAAUUCACCCAAACAGCUCUGAUAUUGAUGAAUUAAAAGUAUCACCUUUGUGUUGUGGAUGGAAGGCUGUGUUCCUCUGAGUUAUUUUAGAAAUAAUAAACAAAGCAAAUAAAAUUAUAUUUGUCAUAAUUAACAGUAACAUCUUAUUAGAAACCGUGACGUGCCAUAUAGAAGAUAUCUGAGAAUAGGAGAUAGAAAGGUCAUCUUAUUUCAAUGACAGUAGAGAAAAUAUAUCUCGUACCAUAUUUAGAACAAGGCAUCCAGUAGUGUCAAUGUAUCUUGAUUUAAUCAUUAGCACAAAGUAUGACUUUAUGCUGGCAAUUACUACUACUACUACUACUACUACUUUAGGUGAUAUCUGUGGUGUUUAUCUGAUUCCACAUUAUUUCAGUUCAGAUUUUUCUUCCAGUGCAGUUUAAUCCAAUAUCUGAAAAGUGUGUGCCUUUUGCACAUUUAGUGCUAGUAAGAAAUUUUUUUUAUGUGAGUUAUUUAUAUCUCUCAAAUUUUGUAAAUUAUAACAACUAUCACUUUUAACCAGUGCUGUGGGUCAUAUUGAAUAUUUAUAAAAAUAAGACACCAUUUCACAUGAAGUUGAGAAAAACAGUUUUGUACAGCAUAGAACAAAACACGCAACUUUAUCUUUUUAGAAAAUAUGUGAACAUUUUGCAGGUUCAUAUUAUUCAUAAUAAAUUCAUACAUGAACUGUUAAGACAUUCCACAGAAAUUUUAUAUGAUUGUUAUGCUAGGAAAUUUUACUAUAUUUUGUAAUAUCUU